AUGCCAAAGACAAGCAACGGAGAAACACCGUUCAGCCUUGUCUAUGGGUCCGAAGCCGUGAUUCCAGCAGAGAUUGGCCUCCCAUCCCCAAAAAUGCUUUCCAUGAAUAUGAUUAACAAUGAAGAAGAAAGAAGGCUAGACCUAGACCUUCUAGAAGAGAGAAGGGAGAUGGCAGCAAUCAACGAAGCGAAGUACAAGACAAAGUUGGAAAAAUAUUACAACAGAAAGGUCUGCAUCUGCACGUUUAACCCCGGCGAUUACGUCCUAAGGGACAACGAAGCGUCUAAUGCCGAAAAACCGGGCAAAUUAGCCCCAAGUGGGAGGGACCUUAUGUUGUAG